CGAGUGGACGCCGCUGCACGCCGCGGCCGGCGCCAUGAAGCUCAACGUGGACGGGCUGCUGGUCUACUUCCCGUACGACUACAUCUACCCGGAGCAGUUCUCCUACAUGCUGGAGCUCAAACGCACGCUGGACGCCAAGGGUCACGGUGUCCUGGAGAUGCCCUCGGGCACUGGGAAGACGGUGUCGCUGUUGGCCCUGAUCAUGGCUUACCAGCGGGCGCGGCCGCUGGACGUGACCAAGCUCAUCUACUGCUCCAGGACCGUGCCGGAGAUCGAGAAGGUGAUCGAGGAGCUCCGUAAGCUGCUCAGCUUCUACGAGAAGCAGGAGGGCGAGAAGCUGCCGUUCCUGGGGCUGGCCCUGAGCUCCCGCAAGAACCUGUGCAUUCACCCCGAGGUGACGCCGCUGCGCUUCGGAAAGGACGUUGAUGGGAAGUGCCACAGCCUCACGGCCUCCUACAUUCGGGCGCAGUACCAGCAGGACGCCAGCCGGCCCCACUGCCGCUUCUACGAGGAGUUCGAUGCCCAUGGGCGCCAGGUGCCCCUCCCUGCCGGCAUCUACAACCUGGAUGACCUGAAGGCCCUGGGGCAGCGCCAGGGCUGGUGCCCCUACUUCCUCGCCCGGUACUCGAUCCUGCACGCCAACGUGGUGGUCUACAGCUACCACUACCUCCUGGACCCCAAGAUCGCCGACCUGGUGUCCAAGGAGCUGGCCCGCAAGGCCGUGGUGGUCUUUGAUGAGGCCCACAACAUCGACAACGUCUGCAUCGACUCCAUGAGCGUCAACCUCACGCGCCGCACCCUGGACCGCUGCCAGGGCAACCUGGAGACGCUGCAGAAGACGGUGCUGAGGAUCAAGGAGACAGACGAGCAGCGCUUGCGGGACGAGUACCGGCGCCUGGUGGAGGGGCUGCGGGAGGCCAGCGUGGCCCGGGAGACCGACGCCCACCUGGCCAACCCGGUGCUGCCGGACGAGGUGCUGCAAGAGGCCGUGCCCGGCUCCAUCCGCACGGCCGAGCACUUCCUGGGCUUCCUGCGGAGGCUGCUGGAGUUCGUCAAGUGGCGCCUGCGCGUGCAGCACGUGGUGCAGGAGAGCCCGCCCGCCUUCCUGAGCAGCCUGGCCCAGCGCGUGUGCAUCCAGCGCAAGCCGCUCAGGUUCUGCGCCGAGCGCCUGCGCUCCCUGCUGCACACCCUGGAGAUCGCCGACCUGGCCGAUUUCUCCCCCCUCACCCUCCUUGCCAACUUCGCCACGCUCGUCAGCACCUACGCCAAGGGCUUCACCAUCAUCAUUGAGCCCUUCGACGACCGGACCCCCACCAUCGCCAACCCCGUCCUGCACUUCAGCUGCAUGGACGCCUCGCUGGCCAUCAAACCCGUGUUCGAGCGCUUCCAGUCAGUCAUCAUCACGUCGGGGACGCUGUCCCCGCUGGACAUCUACCCCAAGAUCCUGGACUUCCACCCCGUCACCAUGGCAACCUUCACCAUGACGCUGGCCCGGGUCUGCCUCUGCCCCAUGAUCGUCGGCCGCGGCAACGACCAGGUGGCCAUCAGCUCCAAGUUCGAGAGUCGGGAAGACAUGGCUGUGAUCCGGAACUAUGGGAACCUGCUGCUGGAGAUGUCGGCCGUGGUCCCCGAUGGCAUCGUGGCCUUCUUCACCAGCUACCAGUACAUGGAGAGCACCGUGGCCUCGUGGUACGAGCAGGGCAUCCUUGAGAACAUCCAGAGGAACAAGCUGCUCUUCAUCGAGACCCAGGACGGCGCCGAGACCAGCGUCGCCCUGGAGAAGUACCAGGAGGCCUGCGAGAACGGCCGCGGGGCCAUCCUGCUCUCGGUGGCCCGGGGCAAGGUGUCCGAGGGCAUCGACUUCGUGCACCACUACGGGCGGGCCGUCAUCAUGUUCGGCGUCCCCUACGUCUACACGCAGAGCCGCAUCCUCAAGGCGCGGCUGGAGUACCUGCGGGACCAGUUCCAGAUCCGGGAGAACGACUUCCUCACCUUCGACGCCAUGCGCCACGCGGCCCAGUGCGUGGGCCGGGCCAUCCGGGGCAAGACCGACUACGGCCUCAUGGUGUUCGCAGACAAGCGGUUUGCUCGGGCGGACAAGCGGGGAAAGCUGCCUCGCUGGAUCCAGGAGCACCUGACGGACGCCAACCUGAACCUGACUGUGGACGAGGGUGUCCAGGUCGCCAAGUACUUCCUGCGGCAGAUGGCACAGCCCUUCCACCGGGAGGACCAGCUGGGCCUGUCCCUGCUCAGCCUGGAGCAGCUGGAGUCGGAGGAGACGCUGCGGCGGAUCGAGCAGAUCGCUCAGCAGCUGUGAGCCCGGGCCCGCUAGGCCGUGGGGUGCCUCCCGCGCUCCCGGGCCUGCAGGAAGCUCAGGCCGACGCCUCAGGGACUGCAGAGCCUUUAAUCGCAGGGGGAUCCCCGCCUCACCCCCCGAGUCCUGCCGAGACGCCAGGGCCCACGAGGUCCGGCCUCACCGGGGGCUCAGGUCCUGGGUGCUGGUGCUGAGGGUCCUCGGGGCCUCGCUCAGGCGCCAGCUGUGGACCUGGGGACGGCACAGCGGUUGGAGGGGGAGGAGGGGCGGGCACAGCCCCCCCACCCCCGCCCAGCCCCUCACCUGCGGCUGAGUGCCCGCGGCCCGGGGCCCGGCUGUGGGCAGUGUGUUGAGCGACACAGCUCUCUUCAUCCUGCAGGGGGCCACAGGACACGGUGUCUCCCAGGGGGUCAGCCGUGAGGGCCAGGGGGCUCACACCGCCCCCGCACCCACACUCACCCAGCAGUCCCUGCGGGGCCCUCGCCACGCAGCCGCGAGACCAGCUUCUCACUCCCGCGCCGGAUGGACUCGCGGAGCUUGGAGAAGGAGCUGCUCCUGCGCAGGGCCUGCGGGGCCGGAGUCAGGGGUCAGGGGUCAGCGCUCAGUGCAUCCCCUGCCUGGCCCGGGCCACGCCCCGGCUCACCUGCUGUUCCGCGUGGUCACCAGCGGUGCCUGUGCUGGGGGCUCCUGGGGACGGAUGCCAACAGUGAGGGAGGGGUCUGUCCCCCCGUGGCCGUAGGGGUGGGGCGGGGCUCACCGAGCGGGGCGGGCAGCUGCUCCCGGUGUAGGAUCUCCUUGUACAGCGCCUCUGCCUGCUCGUACUUGUUCUGCUUCAGGUAGGCCGAUGCCUGCGGGGUGCAGGGCUCAGAACCCCGGCCCCGCUGCCUGCCGGGGGACCUAGGGCAGGGGACUGCCUGCCUCCUGCUCCCCGGGGGCCAGAGCCAGUCUCCUCGUGCCUCAGCCCCCCCCCCGGGGGGGGGCACUGGAACGAACAAUAAAACCUCUGCCUGC